AUGGACAGAACGGGCAUCCGAAGUCACCCCCCGCUCCCCAACGAUGCCAUCCUCGUCAUACUAGAGCACAUCGCGCUCGACACCACCGCCAGCCUCUCCCAUCUCGCUAAUCUGUCCCUCGUCUCUCGCUCCUUCCACCAAACAGCCACUCCCCUCCUCUACAGAAACCCGACCCUCUCCAAGCGAAACUGCUUCAAGUUCUUCCGCAGCAUAUUCUCUCUAGACGAGAUAGAUCGAGCGUAUAAAGAAAAGUGGUGGGAAGGAUGGCUCGGAGACAAAGAGUCAACCGCCGCGAGACGACUCGCCAUGCUGAGAUACGUGCAGAAUAUACAUCUUGCGGAUCUUGAGGCUGUGAUCAUGUGCGGUACACCUCUGGGUAUUCUGCGUCUCCACCGGCUCCAAGCCAAAUCAAAGAAAUUGCCCAUGCCACCCACGGACGACUCUUCCGCCAACCGUCUUUUCCACAGCCGCGCGCCCACCAACAUCCAUCUCUCUUCCGACCUCCUGACCUCCUUGUCUCGAACAGAGCUCUCUGAGGUCGAUAGGGACUGCUUUCUAAAGAUAAUCAAUAUGCUGCGAGGUUCUUCUGGUAUACUGUCGGUCCAGCAGCCAAAAAGACGACCCCUUGGUGUGGCGGCGGCGAUCCGAAAUUAUCUCGAACCACUCUGCCGGCUAGUGGAGCCGCAAAUGUUGGUGCUCAAUGAUGUUCAAGGGGCCGAUCUUUCUGCAGCUCUCUCUGUCUCUCAGAGAGGUGUCGCUAUUCGCUUCAGGGAUAGUAGGGAUAGGCGGUCAAUCGGGCAGUGUUCGGAAAUCGUUGCGUUCUUGUCCCGACAUAGUACACUGACUCGCGAGCCCCUAUACUGCCUGGUUUACAAUUUCUCGGAUGAUGGUAGCUUCAAGCGCCCGGAAGAGGCUGAACGCUGGAUUCUAAGGGUUGUUUGGACGCCCCCUCGGCCGUUCGACGACGAGAGAGGCGUGAGGUUGAAGAUCGUCAUGGAGGGCGCCCAGUCAAACAUUCCGGUGGAGAGGAUGGGGGAUAAACUGAAGAAGUUCAUGGAGAGCGUUUGA